UUUCGCCAUAUUAAAAUCCACUUGUGUCGACUGUGUUAGUGAAUGACAGCUAGGCUAGCGACUAGAUUCGAUCCGGCAACUGCCUAGAUUAUCAAUUUACUGUUGUUUAGACCAUAAUACCAAGAUCAAGAUGUUUGAGGAGGCUAGUGAGGUGUUCGAUAACAUGUUUAAGUCCUCUUUCCCCCUGACUUUCAUUGUGUUUAUCCCCGCGGUGCUGAUUCUCGUCUCACCCCUUCCAGCCGAAGCGGCACACGAAUUCACCGUGUACCGCAUGCAGCAGUAUGACCUGCAGGGACAACCGUACGGUACCAGGAAUGCCAUAUUGAACACGGAAGCGCGCACUGUGGAGGCGGAAGUGCUAAGCCGCCGCUGUGUCAUCAUGCGGCUGGUGGACUUCUCCUAUGAGAGAUACCAGAAAGCCCUGCGCCAGUCCGCUGGGGCUGUGGUCAUCAUUCUCCCCAAGAAUAUGUCCACCAUGCCGCAGGACAUAGUACAGCAGUUCAUGGAGCUGGAGCCAGAGAUGCUGGCCACAGAGACCAUUGUCCCGGUUUACUUUGCUCUGGAGGAUGAUGAGCUGCUCUCCAUCUACACACAGACCCUCACCUCCUCCUCCUCCCAGGGCUCCUCCUCUGCAGCUGAAGUGCUGAUCCACACAGCCACAGCCAAUGGCUUUCAGAUGGUGACGAGUGGGGCUCAGAGCAAGGCAGUGAGUGACUGGGCCAUUACCAGUCUAGAGGGGCGACUGGCUGGAACUGGAGGAGAGGACCUGCCCACCAUUGUCCUGGUGGCUCACUAUGACUCCUUUGGUGUCGCUCCGUGGCUGUCCUAUGGAGCAGACUCUAACGGCAGUGGGGUGUCUAUGCUGCUGGAGUUAGCCAGGCUCUUCUCCAGACUCUACACCUACAAGAGGACACAUGCUGGAUACAACCUGCUUUUCUUUGUCUCUGGAGGAGGGAAGUUCAACUACCAAGGCACCAAGCGCUGGCUGGAGGACAACCUGGAUCAUACAGACUCCAGUCUGUUGCAGGACAAUGUGGCAUUUGUGUUGUGUCUGGACACCCUGGGGAACGGGGAUGGUCUGCACCUUCACGUGUCCAAGCCCCCUAAAGAGGGAACCGCCCAGUACGCCCUGCUCAAAGAGCUGGAGACUGUGGCGUCCAACCAGUACCCAGAGGUCAAGUUCUCAAUGGUGCACAAGAAGAUAAACCUGGCGGACGACACACUGGCGUGGGAGCACGAGCGCUUCGGGAUCCGCCGGCUGCCGGCCUUCACGCUGUCCCACCUCAACAGCCACCGCGAGGUGCAGCGCUCCAGCAUCAUGGACGUGCGGUCAGUGUCCCCCUCUUCUGAACAUGGAGCGGGAGAGCCCCCUGCUGGACCUCAUGUGGAUCUGAGAAAGCUUAGCAGGAACACAAAGCUGAUUGCAGAGUCGCUGGCCAGAGUCAUCUACAACCUCACAGAGAAGGGUGCCCCAGGUGACCUACAGAUUUUCACUGAACAAAUGCAGAUGCAGGAGGAGCAGCUGUCGUCGGUGGUGGACUGGCUGACAGCCCAGCCGCGGGCUGCCCAGCUGGUGGACAAGGACAGCAGUGUGGUCAGCACCCUGGAGUACCACCUGGGACGGUACCUGAAGGACGUCCGUAGGCACUACGUCAAGGCUGACAAGAGAGACCCAGAGUUUGUCUUCUACGAUCAGCUCAAACAGACCAUGAAUGCUUACAGGGUGAAACCAGCCAUCUUUGACCUGCUUCUGGCAUUCUGCAUUGCAGCUUACCUCGGAGUGAUAUAUCUGUCCAUCCAGCACUUUGUGGUUCUCUACAGUGUGGUGCGCAGAAUCACAACGCCCAAGACCAAGCAGCAUUAAGCCACUCCUCUUCCUCAUUCAGACUCCUCACACCGACAACGAGCUCUAGCCAGUAACAAAACGGGGGCGGACCAAGCUGCUCAUCUUUUUUUUUCUUUUUUUUUUUACCACCCUAUCUAUGUCCUUUGUUCCUCUUUGGAAAUGAAACGUGUUGAAUCAUUUCUCUCUGCCAAGUUUAGCCAUCUAGUCAGUUCCUUCAAUGGCUGUCAAGUCAGAAUGCACUCUGGUCUUCCUGUCCCCGUGAAAUCAGAUGUCAAACAUUUCCUCGUACGCCCAAUCCCACAUCAACUCCUAGUCCCUAACCCCUAUUUUCCCCUAUGAUCUGAGAGAAUUUGAUAGGUGUAAGAAAUAUGGUAAUAGGGUUACCUUGUGCUCAGAUAGGCUAGGUGACAUUUUCAGCAGUUUGUUUACACCUAUCCAGUCCUCUCCAUAAGGAGUAGGUACUAGGGGUUGAUGUGGGAUUGGACAUUUCUAUACCCACAGCUCACUCCUCAGUGCCCUAUAGUGUGAAUUUUGCCAAACUACAAUGGGUCGUCUUCUUGGGCAGCUAUGGAGUAGCAUGAGUGUGCAGGAGUAGCAGUGAGACUUUGUAAUAUUGUUUGGAUGGAUGGUUGAUAUAUUUGGUCACCCUGACUAGAUUUAUUUUUCUAUAGGAUUUAUUAUUUUCUUUAACCCCAAUUAACUAAUUAAAUAGUGCCUUCAGAAAGUAUUCAUACACCUUGACUUGUUCCAGAGUUUGUUGUGUUACAGCCUGAAUUCAAAAUGGAUUAAAUUGUUUUUUUCUCACCGAUCUACACACAAUACUCAAUAAUGACAAAGUGAAAAAAUGUUUUUACAUUUUGUAGCAAUUUUUGCACAACCCUGAGUCAAUAGAUGUUAGAAUCACCUUUGACAGCGAAUACAGCUGUGAAUUUUUUACACACCUGGAUUGUACAAUAUUUGCACAUUAUUCUUUAUAAAAUUCUUCCAGCUCUGUCAAGAUGAUCGUUGAUCAUUACUAGACAGCGAUUUUCAAAUCUUGCCAUAGAUUUUCAAGACGACUUAAGUCAAAACUGUAACUAGGCAACUCAGGAACAUUCAAUGUCGUCUUGAUAAGCAACUCCAGUGUAUAUUUGGCCUUGAGACUCCCAGUGUCUGUUGGAAAGCAGACUGAACCAGGUUUUCCUCUAGGAUUUUGUCUGUGCCUAGCUUUAUUCUGUUUAUUUUUAUCCUAAAAAACUCCCUAGUCAUUGCGGAUGACAAGCAUACCAUAACAUGAUGCAGCCACCACCAUGCUUGAAAAUAUGAAGAGUGGUACUCAGUGAUGUGUUGGAUUUGCCCCAAACAUAGCGCUUUGUAUCCAAGACAAAGUUAAUUUCUUUCUCACAUUGUUUUGCAGUAUUACUUUAGUGCCUUGUUGCAAACAGGAUGCAUGUUUUGGAAUAUUUUCUAUUCUGUACAGGCUUCCUUUUUUUUCACUCUGUCAUUUAGGUUAGUAUUGUGGUGUAACUACAAUGUUGUUGAGCAAUGCUCAGUUUUCUCCUAUCACAGCCAUUAAACUCUAACUGUUUUUAACUGAGUUAGGAAGGACGCUUUUAUCUUUGUCGUGACUGGGUGUAUUGAUACACCAUGCAAAGUGUAAUAAUAAUUACACCAUGCUCAAAGGCAAUGUCUGCUUUUUUAUUUUUUUGCCCUUUGCGAGGCCUUGGAAAGCCUCCCUGGGCUUUGUGGUUGAAAUUCACUGCUCGACUGAGGGACCUUACAUGUUAACCACUAUUAUUGCACACAGAGUGAAUCCAUGCAACUUAUGUGACUUGUUAAUAAGCACAUUUUUACUCCUGAACUUAUUUAGGCUUGCCAUAACAAAGGGGUUGAAUACUUACUGACUCAAGACAUUUCAGCUUUUCAUGUGUAAUUAAUUUGUAAAAAUAUCUAAAAACAUAAUUCCACUUUGACAUUAUGGGGUAUUGUGUGUAGGCCAGUGACACAAAAUCUCAAUUUAUUAAAGGUUUUAUUCAGGCUGUAACGCAACAAUGUGGAAAAAGUCUAGGGGUGUGAAUACUUUCUGAAGGCACUGUAUGUAUGAAUAAGAACAUGCAUUUAGAUUGAUAAAUUGUCCCCCAUACUACCCAUUGCCAUCACUAGAGUAAGUAUGGUUAUAGAAUGGAAAUAAUUCAUUUUUUCGGUUUCACCCCUUUGUAGACUAAUUUACUAGUGUUACUAUGUGACUUAGUUUUGAUUACAAAUGCCCUUUUAAAAUGUGACAACAUUAGACCCUCCCCUCCCACAAAUAUGUCAAUCAGAGAUGUAUGCAGUGUUGCAAUAAGGUCACAGUCUCCCAACACGAUUCUAUCUGGACAUGUCUAUUGCAACACGGUGAGCUCCACAUCGAUGUGCAGACACAGCACGUUGAAAUCCCCCCUUGCUCUCAUCAACUAAAGUCUUAAGGCAGGAUGUUGGUAGAUCAAAUUGGACCUUUGAGGGAGUCUGGUAAUGUCAAUGUGUUGUCCCUUGUCUUCGUCUAUAUCCCUUACGGUCUUUGAUCUUGAGUUAAGUGACGAGACAACGCUUGUGUGCUGUAGUUGGCAUGUAGUAUCACAUGUAAGAAUCCCAUGUCGCUCCCGCAGUCAGUGAGAGCAAAUGGACUGGUGAGAUUCACCUAUCAACACAAGGUAAAAAACUGUGCUACAUAGAUUUACAUUUUUAUUUAUUGAAGCAGACUGCUGAACUGUGCACUGACUUGAACUCUCAAGACUCUCUUUUUGUCCAACACCUACAUUUACCUUUCUGUCUCGACUGUUUUACCUGGUCCUCGUAAACUUGAUUCUUGCAAUGAAAAUGACAGAGUAAAUUAAUUUGUUGAAGUAA